AUGGUCAGUUCUGCACUGGCCCAGGAGGCUGUGAACGAAGUCUUAUCAAGAAUCAAGGAGGGUUACGCGGAGAAGUCAGAUGCAAAGGAGCACAUAGAGAGGAUGGAGAUGGCGCACAUCAAGCUAGAAGCCGCCCUUGAGACAUCCCACAAGUGGAACAUCAGCAGCGCGCCACUGCUGCGCUGGCAGAGCAAGCUUAAGGGUGCCACACAGGAGUGCGACCGCACUUUGCGUCGGUGCAGGCAGCGAUUGCAAGAAGAGGAAGAAGUGAAACAAGGGCUACAGAGCUCCUCCUUUCCUAAAAGGGUCGUUCAUACUGCCAUGUCAUUUGUUUCGUCAAUGUUUAGCAGUGGUAACGAUGAAGAGCUAAGAGGAUCCACCGCCGUCUGGCGAUUUGAGCGGUUUGCUGAUGGUGCGAGCGAGUUCUUGAGGUACAUCGAGCUUGGUGGCACACCAUGCAGAUACAUGUUCUCCGUGCCUCUUAUACGCCAUCUUCUCGCUGGCAAAGGAGCAAACUUACGGCUCUCUGAGAGUAUUGACAUAGUUGGGGUUGCAAUCAGAUGCUUGCAGCGUUUCAUACCGUACUUGAACUCAACGGCCGAGAUUGUGAAGACAAAGCUAACCCAGGACAGGCCGCACUGUCAGCUGGCAACAACAGGCAGAGGACAAUUGUCGAUGGUGAAAGCCAAAAAAGCCACACGAGAGACUUUCCAUAUCGAUCUGAAACUUGGAGCACACUUCUGGCCUCAUGCCUCUUCUGAAGAUUUGCCACCUGCUGUCGGUGGGUCAGCAUUAGAGAUAAUCAACGAUGAAGCCAAACAACAUGGCAUGUAUCCAAACAUUUCCUUCGAACAGCUGGGUGAGAUCACGAGGCCAAAAGCAGUAGAUUGCCUUCGCAGGAAUGUGGCAGCUACCUUGUAUCAGAUGCUGUGGAAAUCCAAGCAUGGCAGCGCAUACUUUCGGGUCGAGAAGACCUCAUGCAGAGCAACCACUAGGAUAGACAAAGUUGGAAAAUGUCGUAAGCAACGGAGGGACAAGAAGGUUCCGGUUCAGGGAUGGACAAGUGGUAACAAUGAGUUCAUUGUCUCAUGGAUUGCGCAUGCGCCUGCCCAAUUGCAGGGCUCAGUCAUCGACUACUGGAUUCAGAAAGAAAAGCAAUCAGCACCACCGUUAUUAUUGAAAACUAAUGGCUGCACCCGUGAUUGUCCAAUCAUGCUAUCAUCUUUGCAAGAUCACAGAUAUUUGGCUAGGAAGCUCAAGUUGUCCAGCACGUUCCAUCCCUGA